AUGUUCAAAAUGAUUCACAAGGGCUUAUCUGAAGAAAAGAGACAAUAUUGCCACAGUACAGACGAUAGAGGUUGGUGGUCUGAAAUCCGAGUGACUAUGGAUGCAGUGGAGGAUAAAGAGGUAUGGCGAGUAACAUAUCAUGAUAGGAAAGUCUUUUUAAAGUCUGCGAAGUUACAUCAUAGUAUUCAUGAUUCUAUGUUGCAGGAGCAGAAAAAAAGAGAAGGAGGUGGGAAAAGGUGUAUGAAUACGCUACACGCCAUUGUGGAAAGUCUGCAAUACGAUCAUGUUAUGGUAACUAAUGAACUAGCAUUCCACAAGAGUCUGUGGGAUACCAAAAUAUAUGAGGAUGAUCCUUCUAGUUUUCCUGUAUCACACGUGCCGAUAAAAUGCAAUGUGAUAUCGACAGUGGUCGAUCUACUCCGAAACUACUCCAGAGUAGACCCAUCUUUGGACUCUAAGGGGAAAGUUUGUAUCAGUUUUAGAUAUCUGGAAAAAUUAUUAGAUGCUACCAAAUCCUCCACACACACUCAGAUUAAUCCAUCAAUAGAUGCCUCAAUAGGUUCUAAGCACAUGGAUGUUAGUUCAUCGAUAGAUUCCACCAAAACUCUCAAGCCAACGGAGAUCAACGCAUCGAUAUACCCAAUGCCACCAGCGGCAACUACGCCUCCCUCUAAAAGGUGGAGUGCGCAAUCUCUCUUUUCCUCUGUAAAGAGGUCUAAUAGUCGUUCAAAACCGGUGCAGAAUACCUCUACUUCCAAAACAACGUUCAAUCCUACUUCGACGCGAAUGUCAAUAUCAACAUCAACAUCAACAGCAGCAUCGAUAAGGAGUUCUGUUAGCAAUUCAACCACGGACCUGCUAUUAAAACGAGUACCCAACGACACUAUUGUGAAACGACGUGAGGUAUCAGAAGAAAACAUGACUAAAUUCCAGGAGUACAAACCAUUGAUCGUUGCGUUGUAUCAUCGACUGAGAGUUAUUGACGCGGGCAAGACAGAAAAUGAGUUCAUUUUUCAAUUCGUCAACGACAUAAUCUGCAAUUUUAUCGUUGAUGACUGUAAAACAAUUCUUGUACACCAUAUUGAGCAUCACAUCGUCCAAUGGCAAGAUCAGAACGGGGAUGCACAUAGUAUAUCUUUCUGA